AUGCAGACUGUUUCUACAAACAUUUGUGAAAGAAUGGGUCACUCUCAGGAGCUCAGUGAAUUCAAGUGGGGUACCGUGAUAGGUUGCCACCUGUGCAAUAAGUCCAUCCAUGAAAUUUCCUUGCUACUAAAUAUUCCACGGUCAACUGUUAGUGCUAUUAUAACAAACUGGAAGCAACUUGGAACAACAGCAACUCAGCCACGAAGUAAGUGGGGUUAGCGCAUGCUUUAGCACACAGUGCGCAGAAGUCUCAAACUGUCUGCAGAGUCAAUACUUAAAGAUCUCCAAACUUCAUUUGGCCUUUAGAUUAGCACAACAACUGCACACAAGAAAGCUUCAUGGAAUGGGUUUCCAUGGCCAA